UUUUAUUCUACCAAGCAAGAUAUAUUUUUGCAGACUCAGCAUAUAUGUAAAGAUGGUAAAUCUUACAUGCUGCCUGUUGAUUCAGAUAUUUAGCUGUUAAACUGUAGGGGAACAAGAAAUUUUUUCUGAACAAUUUUAAUGUCAAGGGAACAUGUCAUACUGUAGGAAUGAAGGAAAAGACAAACUCAUAUUUGUAACCAAGGAUGACCAUCAACAAGGAUCGCCACAAAGUAAUCCGUUGUUACCGGACAAUGGUGAUGGAACUGUUGGGUUGAUAAAAGAGAAUGGAGAGAUCAACUGGAAUUGUCCUUGUCUCCAGGGAAUGGCUGAUGGUCCAUGUGGUGAAUCGUUUAAAGAUGCAUUUUCUUGUUUUCAUUACAGCGAAGCUGAACCAAAAGGUGCUGAUUGUUUAGAACAAUUCAAAUCGAUGCAAGAGUGUUUUGUUAAAUAUCCAGAAAUAUACGGAUCCUUAGAUGACGACCUUGAUAAAAAAGAGAAGGGUGAUGAAAGUGAGGAAAAUAAUAAGACAGGUGAAGAGCAUGAAUCGACUGAAAAUCAGCAAAGUGACAUUGUGUCUAAUGAAAAAAAUGAUAAUGAAACAAAUUCUUAGCACUAUGUGUGUUUAGGUGUAUUUGUUCAAAUCUUUUUCAGUACUUUUGAGCUCCUAAUUGUAAGAGGCUCUUGUUUCCUUUAUAUUUUUUUUAUAUAACUCUGUUACAAUGGCAAUUUAUUGAAAGGUUGAUGCUAUAAAACUGUGUAAAUACAGGGCAGUUUUAUAAACAAGGUGCCUACCAGAUCUUAAUAGCAAAAACAUCACAAAAAACUUUGAGAAACGGAAAAAUAUGCAUGGAAUAAACACUAAAAAAAUAUUUAAAGUAACAUGUACUCUUUACAAUCUAAGAAAAAUUGGCAUUGUUGCUUCUAAAAGCGUUUCAAGGCACAGUUAGGCACUAAUGAUUACUGUUUUCUUGUUUUUAUUAAAGAAGUUUUUAUAUAAUACUAAAUGUUCUUCUUUCUAUGGAAGUCGUCCAAUCUCGUGUAAAAAUGUAUUAAAAACUCAGGAAUUUCCCUUUUUCUUUCUCUUGUGACAAGUUUUGAAAAUGAGGAAAAUAUCUCCUCAUGCAAUGUUUGUGCAUGUGCUGGGGUCAUUACAGGAGUCCUAGCAUUUAAACUUUCGAGGAUGAUCACAGUACCUAAAAGCUGAAAUCAUCUAAAAUUGUUCAUCUUGCCAUGAAUGGCAGGAUGAACAAUAUUUUCUUUUAAAUUAGUUAUUUUUCAUUAUUAUUUUUAAGGAAAAAAUACAAUUACUGCGA